AUGGUUUCAAUUUUCUUUAUUACCUUACCCACCAGCUUUCACAGGAGCGUCAAACCUAUGGAUGAGGUCAAGCUUGAUCAGCUCUAUUAUAUAAACAAGAUUGAAAACAAUUUCGAGAAUUUUCGUUCAGAGGGAAGCGAUCGUCGGGAUUUCCUCUUCAAAGCCUAUGUUAUCAUUACAAUGACAUGGUUGUGGACUGGUUACACUCUUACUGUCCGGUAUACUAGAACGGCUGUGCCAAAAGAUGAGUUGUAUGCUGCCAGUACUGUGGUACUCAUGUCGGAAAUUGUGAAAGGUAUAAUAUCGCUACUGAUGUUGUAUAAGGAGAGUCAUUAUAAAUACCACGAUUUUUGUAUUCAAAAGUACUACUUGGGCGCACCCCGAGAGCUGUUCAAAAUGAGCGUACCAUCAGUCGCGUAUGCUUUUCAAAAUAAUCUCGACUUCAUUGCCCUUUCCCAUCUUGAUGCUGGGUUGUAUCAGGUCACCACACAGCUGAAGGUUUUCACUACUGCCAUUUUUAUGAUGCUGUUUCUUGGAAGAAGGUUUUCCCGAACGAGAUGGGCCGCUAUUCUGCUUCUUUUCUUCGGCGUAGCCGCCGUUCAGGUGAUUAUUACUUCGAUUAGAAGCAUUUUCAUAGUGGUCUGCUUAUUCCUCACAUCUCUCAACCAAUUUCUUUUCCAGCUCAACAAUGCUCAGGACACUAAUCAGGAGAAAAAAGGAAAUUAUUUCAUAGGAAUUUCAGCGGUUCUGGCUACGUGCGUCACAGCUGGGUUUGCCGGUUAG